AUGUCAGAUACAAGCUCCCUCGAGCAAAGCAACGAGCACAUGCUCCAGUCGGCACUGGCGACUGCCUUCCAGUCCACAGACAUCGAGCCUAAAUCUGCUGCUGCCGCUCCGGCCGCCCCUACAUCACUCUCAGCCACACCCGCAGUAACUUUGGAGGUCCAAGAAGGUUCUGAAACGAUCGAAGAGGACGCAUGGAAGGGAGAAUAUGAGGCUCAGGUAGAGGAAUGGCGUGCUCAGUCAGCCGAGGCUCGUGCCAAGGCAGAGCGUGAGCGCGCACGGUGGGAGCAGAUUAGGAAACGCGAAGCAGAAGAACGGCAAGCACUCGGCCAGGAGCCAGAAAACUUGGACGCAUUGGGCUCCCAUAUUACGUCUUCAUUCGCUGCUGCAAGCGAAGUAUUGGCUUCUUCGUCUGCCUCUCUUCCCUCGACAUCCCUUGCGGAUUCUGGGCAUCUUGUUAGUGAACAAACGGGCUCAUCGAGCCAUUUACAUGUCUCUCAACAUCUUAAGAUGGAUAGCGGGUCUCCAUCGCAGAAAUGGGAACAUAUAGAAUCGUCUCCCACUUCUUCCUAUCCAUCCCUGUCGUUCCCCGGGACAUCUAUUCCCUCAUCACCGUCUCCGCCGCAUGUUGCACUUCAGCAAAAAACGACAGGACAUCAUCAACCUCAGGAGCAACAUCCUCCUGCAGAACGCAAACCCUCCGACGUGCCGCCCUCCACCAUCCCAUCAUUGCUUGACAGGUCGAUUGCGCCACGGACACGAAUGAAUUUACUCCUUUCCUCUCUUGCAAUCAACUUAUUGCUUCCUUUUGUGAACGGAGUGAUGCUAGGCUUUGGGGAGAUAUUUGCCAAGAACGUUCUAGUGGGGUGGAUAGGAUGGAAGUCGCAGAGCGGUCGCACUGCUGCAAAUGUUGGUGUUCGGAGAUGA